GAGAUCGAUUCCCUGAUGGGACCCCCUCCCUCACCCUCCCCCCCCCCCCCACACCCAGUCCCUGGGCAGAUCCAGACUCCCAGCCAAAGCAGCAGCGAGCGAGCGGCCGGCGAGUCUCUUCCACAGAGCCCCGGCGACCGGAGUCUGAUGCCGGACUUUUGUUGGACGGACGGGGAACAGGAGACGGAUCCCGAACCCCAGGAGGGGCUGAGGCCGAAGCCGGGGCUUCGCCUGGGCACACGGGCCAUGGUGGAACACUUGACCAUAAUGCUUUGGUUCAUGUUGGGCAUCCUGCUCCCGUCCCUCGUUGUGGCAGCACCACCUCCCAUCAAUAAACUGGCUUUGUUUCCUGAUAAGAGUGCCUGGUGUGAAGCAAAGAACAUCACCCAGAUAGUUGGCCACACUGGAUGUGAGUCAAAGUCCAUCAAGAACAGAGCAUGCCUUGGCCAGUGUUUCAGCUAUAGUGUGCCCAACACCUUUCCACAAUCAACUGAAUCCCUGGUUCACUGUGACUCCUGCAUGCCGGCACAGUCCAUGUGGGAAAUUGUCAAGUUGGAAUGUCCUGGUAAUGAGGCAAUGCCCAGGGUAGACAAGCUGGUGGAGAAAAUUCUACACUGCAGCUGCCAGGCAUGUGGGAAGGAGCAGCACCAAGAUUCCCAACUUUUUAAUGGAAUUCUAAAUGAGGAGGAUGUCUCUCCAGGAGUGGUCGAACCCCAUCAGGUCAUUCACCAUGAGAAAGAAGUUGCCCUCAAACGUGCCAGAGAAGAAGCCUAGCAAAGUGGACAUUUUGAUGGAGAAAAAGUGAAGAUGUGGUAUAAAAUUUCGAUUUGUUUUAUUUGUUGAGGUUUUAGAGGAAAAAAAAUCAAAGUAUAACAAAAUUUUUAAAACCAUGCAGACUUAUUUAAAGAGAAAGUCUUUAAAGAAUAAAGUUUGUUGUAGAAAUCCCAUUCAAAUAAUAAUAUAUACCUCACCAAGGUCCAGCAAAGUAUAAUUAGAAUUUGAUGAUCAGUGUUGGGUUCACAAUACCAGUAAUCAAGGUUUUUAUGCCACAGAAAUCCCUGUGUGUAGCCAUUUCAAACUCAUAACUGUUUGUAUAUAAAAUUAUAGUUUGUAAAUCUGUGUAAACUUUUUUCAUUUAAUUUUCUGGUCAUCAACUUUCUAGACAUAGAGAAGACGGGGAUAAACACAGGGAGAAAAAAAUAGAAUCACAGCCAUAGCGAUGGAGGGUUAGAGGGACUGAGACACUGAGACCAGAGUCUGUCUGUCUGUCUCUCUGACUCACUCACUCACACACACAACACAGAGACACAUACUUACAAACACAGCUAAAAGGACAGAGGAAUGGAGAGGUGCAUGCACAGCCACGUACACAAGGUCAUAGGGCACAGCCAUACACAUCCACGCAAGUACAGAGACAGAGAGAAUACACAUAUUCAUACACACAAAGAGGAGAUGGAGAGAAUUCCGGUUAAUGAACAUACACUGGCACAGGCAUAGGCAUGAUGGACAGACGUGUGUGCGUGCGCGCGCACACGGACACACACACACAGAGUCAGAGAGCUACACACACAGGCACACACAAAGAUGCAGAGAGACAGAGAGCGAGUGGAGUACACAUAUGCAUGCCCACACGUGCACAGAGAGAGAAAGACAAGGAAAGUGAGGAGAACCUCAUGUAGAUGAAGAGCUACGAAGAUGGAGAAAGAGAAUGAGGCACUUGCAUACCUGGAUGUAGACAGAAGUGUAAACUCAGCAGGCAGAGAGAUAGUGUUGCUGAAGAAACAGAUUGCUACAUUCAUACAGCACAUUAAAAAAUCACAACUUUUGUUAAGAUGAAACUGUGUGUAAUAGAGUAUUUUUAAUAUGUAAGGGUUCAAACCAUGGGUUUGAUGAAGUCCAUGUAGUGUGGGUGCUAAGGCAUCACAAAGCUUCCAACUUUGGUCCUCACACUGCAAUAAUAUGGGCAAUUCCAUUUUGGGCUGGUGGUGGUUUGGGGAGAGGGAGCAGGAGUGCCCUUAGGGUCUAAAAUAUAAUGUCAGCGAUUCCACUCCUGAUCACCGUUUAGUGGCUUCCAUAGAUGAGUGUAUGUAGUUCGAUGGCCUCAGAAUAGAGCAGCCUGCUGACAGUGACUGCACAGGCUCCUGGGAAGAAGGGCGCGAUACCAGUGAGUGACCAUGGGAAGAAGGCUGAUCUGGGUGAGAUACCAGUGCUGUUAGAUCUGCACCAGCAGGAGUAAUUCUCUUUAAAAAGAGCCAAUGAAAAGCAAACAUAAAAGGUGGGGGCAAGGGUUGAAGGAAACUUGGGGGGGAGGUGGUAAAUCGUUCUUGUCUUGUUUAUACCAUUGUGUUCUUCUGCUCAAAUUCUGUACUUAUAUUUUUCCUUUUGUAAACUGUUGGAUUAAAUGUUGAUGGAUUACC